AUGAUCUUGAACAAGAUCAAGUUCAGGAACAUGUACAACACCAUACACAUUGAUGAAAAGUGGUUCUACAUGACAAAAGGAGCUCAAAGAUUCUAUCUUGCUCCAGGAGAGGAAGAACCUCAUAGAACAUUUUGUAGGCUUUUGUUUGGUGUUAAUGGUGAAGUCUUGUUUGAUGGAAAAAUUGGAAUUUUUCCAUUUACCAACAAGUUACAGCCAAAAGGUCAAGCAAGAACAGAAUGGCAGGCACUUGGAGACAAAACCCAUAGAGAGUAUCACAAAAGAUGUGACCAGGGACUGCUUGAUCAACAAGCCAAGUGGUCUGAUGGGGCAACUAAAGUUCUCAAGAUACAACAAGACAAUGCAAGACCACACAUCAAAGACAAUGAUCCAGCUUUCAAAGAAGCUGCACAACAAAGUGGUUUCUCAAUAUCACUUGUGCAACAACCACCAACUCUCCUGACACUAAUGUCAAUGAUUUGGCCACAGACUUUGGACAAUGUUUUCCUAAGUGUUCAAGGCUGUUUCAUGGAAAUCAUGAAAGUCCAGGGUCAUAACAGCUACAAGCUGCCCCACAUAGGGAAAACACAUUUAAGGAGAACUAAUCAACUUCUAACGGAUCUAGAAGUUCCAGUGGAGCUGGCUAUGCAAGCAAUUGCUUACCUGCAGGACCAAGGGAGCAAUAAGGAAUUGGAGAUGAUUGCUCAGUCAUUAGGAUUAUGA